AUGGUCUGGAUAUCAGCCCUGAAUGGCCUCACUCCCACUGUGACAGGAAUAAUAAUGGUCGUCAUUUCCAAGAGUCCAUUGUUCUAUCUCACGAAGAAUAACGCUGUAACAAUCUUCAAAGCCACCGGAGUUGAUCUAGAUUCUGUAGUUGAAGGCGUCGUACUGGGAGUCGUACAAGUCAUCGCGUGCUGCCUAUCGGCACUACUGAUCGACAAGAUAGGUCGCAAGGUCCUGAUGGUACACUCGGAGAUCACUAUGUGUUUGUGUCUACUUGCACUUGGUGGAUAUCUUAUGAUGAAGGAAUUGCAUCCUGAAAUGUCGAAGUUGGGGAGAGUUUCUUUGGAUUGGGGGGAGGGAAAUAUUUUUGGAAAUAUGAUGGAAAAUGGUUCUGGAUGUUUAGGUCCAGUGCCGUGGGCUUACAUGGGUGAAAUAUUUCCGACUAAGCUGAAGGGCACAGCUGCAGUGAGCGCUGCAUUUAUCAACUGGCUCCUCGCUUUCUUCAUCACCCUCUCCUUUGAGAGCCUCGUAAAGGCACUUGGCAACGCAGCAGUACUCUUCAUCUUCAGUUUCAUAUGUGCAUUAAGCACACUCUUUGUCGCAAUGUGCGUGAUCGAGACGAAGGGUAAGAGCCUCUUGGAGACUCAGAGAGACUUUGGAAUUUUUCAACGAAUUCCGUGAGUCCAAAAUACUUCAGCAACUCCUCCAUUUGUGAAUACAUUUAUUAUUAAUAAUUGUAUGCUGAUGAGUAAUCGCCUGUGCAUCAUCAAGGUGACAUCGCAGCCAUUUUUACCAUUUAUGUUUUGAGGUAAAUAUCGAAAUUCAGAUGCAAAAUAUUUGCGUUUUCUUCGUGAAGGUGAUUUUUCGGGUUCGUUUUGUUAUCACAUUUCAUUAAAAGUUUGACUAAUAACGGGAAUUAUCAAUUAUUCUAAAAAUUUUAAAGUCAAUCUACUGAUAUAUCACCUGGAUUAUCCAUUGCAACGAACAAUUGCGGUGGUAAUAUUCCCUAAAUGAUUUCAUCAGCAAAAAUAUAUUGGAAUUUCACUUGAAUUAGCCUUCAAAAUGUUCAAUAAUUCAAAAUUUAAAUUCCUCUACAAUAGUCUCACACUUUUCCCUCGAACAUAGCCAUCUCGUUCUAAAAUGCGAUGUACCACACGUCACCACCUUCACCACCACUAUGUUCCUCCCAUCAUAGAUUAUGCAUUCAGAUUUAUAUUUAUGAAGCGUAUCUCACCGAGAACUUGGAAGGUAUGGGAUUUUAUUCACGUGCAUGCGUCUCGUGUGCGUCUGAAACAGCUCCUAAUAGUGUAUACCAUCGUAAAACCUUCGACAUUGAUGCAGCAGUGAGGCGUGGCAUGUUGUAUUUCAAACACUCCAUAAAAUGCAAUGUCUUGACGGACAACAGUAUCCGAAAGCCAUUGUCUCACUGGUGUCUUCAGCAUCGGAACAACGGGCCUUCCUUAAUUAUUUCGUUGAGUCAUUCACGUCGUCUUGGCAAUUAGCGGAUUAAUUAUCGAGUGAAUUAAUGUCAACUCACGAGGGAGUUAAUGGACAUAAGCUAAGUCAUUAAGGAGGGCUUGUGUUUAUAGUUUAUAUUUCAAGAUUUUUUUUUGCCAGAUGAAUAUUUGCACUUGAAGAAAUUUUACGUGAAACUUAAACCUCAAGGGGGCGAGACGAGGGCCGAGGGGUAGUUUUAUUACAAAAAUUAGCCCCCUGUCUAAUUUUUCCGACAAAACUUGACCUACAAAUUGAUAGAUUGUUAUUUUGUCCUACAUUUCGCCCUCAAAUUUUUAUCAAAAAUUUCAUUUCGUGUAUCAGUUUGUCAUCGUCCAUUAAUUCUUAUCAAAUUUUGGAACAGAAGUGAGGUAAUAUAGAACGAAGAGAUAAUUUUUGUCAAAAAAUUCUCACCGUGUAGUCAAAUAGAUCACCUCAACCGAUGGUUUACUUUCCAUCCCUCACGUCAAUUAUCCAGCGUAUUCCCGCCAAAAUAAAAACUACAAAAACUUCAUAUCAAAGAUCUUGAAGUGCCCCCAGGUUGUUCCAUAGAAAUCGGAUAAUUGGACAGCGGUAUGUAUCGAACAAGAAUAUCGAUACACCAAUGAGACAAACGUACGAAAGCGGUCACGAGGUGUACAACACUCGUUACAAUUCUCUCGAAACUUGUUUCUGCUGAAAACAGAACAGAACAGAGAAGAACAAGGGAAUUCAGUUGCUCACUCUGUGUGUGACGUUCUACAAACGGUUUUCUUCCCACGAACAAGUAAAUGCUCGUAUUCGCUAUAUGGGUGACGUGAAAAACUCGUCUGGGAAGCCACGAACUUUGUCAUUCCCCCUCAUCACUGGAGAGAACCUCUCCAUCUUUCUCUCGGUGGGACGUAUUUUUUUUUUCAUUUUUUUUUCGUAGUUCUGCGAAAUUGCCUUCUGCGCCUUGACUGCAGUCUUAUUAUAUUGUUAAAAUUUAUUCAACGACCCGGUGGAUCUUUUACCAGACUCUCGCGUGACCCACAUGCUCUUAUGCUCUUACCACACGCAUUGCACUUGAAAGAGCAUCAUCAGAGGCUAAUAAUUUCAUUUAUUUAAACAGUGGUUUUCACUCCUUAACAUUUUAGCGAAUAUUCGAUGAUUGAGGGGAUAAUUUAUUCCAUUGGAAAGCCAAGUGAAAAGCCCAAUCGCUAUCAAGGGGCUAUUUAGCUUCGACGAUUGGGAAGAUAUCUCGCGAAUAAAUUCUCAAUUCUGAGAUUUUUUUUUUAAUAGAAUUAUCUUAUGACUUAUUGAAUGGAAAUAUCUUCCCCGGGUUUCCUGAUAUUCUAAUGGAGAUUCUUUUUAUGAACUGAGAACGAAAAGGUCUAGUGGCACGUAACCAAUGUCUUUAUGCAAAUGAUUCUUUUUAUCUGAUAAAAACUGUACAAGAGUCGCCGUCGGGCUGCAACAUUAGAAUUCUGGUUUUUUUCUUUUUCGAUUACUCUCAUUUUUUUUUUUUUUUCGUACAAGUACUCGAGUCUGUUCCCACAUUCAUCAGUCAUAAGGGAAAAAAACUGUACAAUGAAAAAGAGAAACAUCUGCAGUGUCCGGGUUCACAAGCUCAGUAGCCGAAAAGAGAAGGAAAAUAACCGGGAAAAUUUCUAUAUUUCUCAGCGCUUGAGUGGGAAAGUUUUUUGGGUGUUGGAUUUGAUGGAAUCUC